AUGUCGAUUCGCGCAAUCCGGGACAGAGGCGCAGAGAACAGAACCCAUCGGGAGCGAAAAGAAGCAUACACUGCUUCUCUCGAAAGCGAAGUAGUUCAGCUGCGGGCGAAUGAAGCCAGGCUCUCGCAGGAGGCGAAGACUUUAUACUCUGAAGUUACUUUUCUGAAGAUAUUGCUGACGGAGAACGGAAUUGCAAUACCUGAAAGACCAGAAGUCACCCAUGGCGGGGCAAGAGGAGGCAAUGUAGAGAAAGAAAAGACGAUAGCGCUGACAAUCGGCCAAGAGAACAAGAGGAAGAACCGAAGGAAACAGAUAUACGUACAGCAGAUGCCGAGAGAGCCUCCAACCAGCCCACCGCAACUCAUUACUCCGCCAUUAUCUGGCUCUACGGGAUCAGGGUACACCUCUAGUACUUUUCCUGACAGUUCCACGAUAUGUAUGGGUAGCCUCGACCCAGAAAUUGUUGGAAUGGACUUUGUCUUGACUCUCGAAUCUCCCUGUUUACCACAUAUUGACGUCGCCUCGCCCCAUAGUAGCAGCUCAGAUACGGAUCCUCCCACUUCGACCGGCCACGCCCUCACUGUCUCAGCAUGCCUCUUCCAUCAUCAUCCUUCGCCACCCGGCCAACGUCAAUUGUCUCCUGCGACUUGGGAAGUUCCUCAUGCCAGUAUAGAUCAGCUGUUGGCACUGUCUGGCUCUGUCCCUUUGCAAGACGGUGAAGUCACGCCCGUACAAGCAUGGGACUAUGUCCGGCGACAAGAACAAUUUACUGGACUUGAAGCGGGAAGGUGGGAGAGCCUGAAGCUGAGCUUGACAAGUUUAGUACAAUGUCAUGGUUUUGGAGGCGUGAUCGAAAGGAGCGCUUUUGAGAAUGCGGUGUUUGAGGCUUUUAUUGCUGUACUGACAGCCGCUCUGUACUGGAAGAAGUCGUAG